AUGGGAGCUGUGAACAAGGAUCACUGGUACUUCAUGGUACUCCUCUGUCUUUGCUUUGUCAAAGUGCAAGCUCACCGGGAGCCGAGCACCCUGGCUCUGUCUGAGGGCAUGGAGCUGGACUGUUUAUGUCCCUGGAGUGGAAACCUCAGUAUGGUCUCUUGGACCAAAGGCCAAGACAAGCACCCCAUCGCAGUUUUCCAUCCGGACUACGGCACAUCCUUCGCGUACCAGUACAGAGAGAGGGUGGAGUUUCUGAGGAGAAGUUCUCUGGACGGAAGCAUUGCCCUGAGGAACGUCACCCACCAGGACACCGGCCUGUACCACUGCUCCGUGCAGACUUUCCCCCAGGGGCCAUGGAGCAAGAGCAUCUAUGUGGAGGAUCUGGAUGAACCUCCAGCAGAAGAUGAAGAAGACGAAGCGGCCUCGGGUUUAGAGUUCCCCACUUCAGAGGCGCUGGACACCAGUCUGCAGCUGCUGGCGGAGCUCAAUGAAAACCUGACCCUGAGCUGUACUGGACUGCCCAACGUGACCGUGUACCAGGUCAUCAUGGAGAAGAGAGUGGGGGGCCGGCCGUGGGACAUCAUUGCGGUGUGUAAGCAGCUGGACGGGGGUCUGCUGACGGAGGACUACAGCGACAGAGGCAGCAUCAGCUGUGCUCACACUCUGGACGUCAGCCUCCACCUGCUGCACGUCCAGCCGGAGGACAGCGGCUUCUAUCGCUGCACCUUCCACACAGAGACGGGCUCCCACCACACCAACAUGAGCCUCACUGUGUCUGAGAGAGGUGGCUUCAGUCUGUCCAUGUACAUGUUCUAUGUCUACUGCAGCGCUGGGACCGCAGGGCUGCUCCUCCUCAUAGCCAUCAUUCUAAUUAUAGUCAGACAGAGGAACAAAAACAAACGAAUAGAGUAUAGCGUGAAGAACAUGUAUCCAGCACACAAACGGCCAAAUGUCUAUGAGAACCUGUCUGUGUGUCCCAGCGGAGCAAAGAGGUCCGUGUUUACCAGGAACUGCCCAUUGUACGCCAACCUGCCGGCAGUCCACGGCCACAGGCGCCCUGCCUCUAACAGCUCACAGCAUCAGGGCGUGUAUGUGUAG